AAAUUUCGUUUCGUUCUUAAAGUAGGUAUGUUUUAUUAAUGUGAUCAAUUCCAAAAUGGUCGAAUACUCUAUUGACGAUGCAUUAAACAUUAUUGGCUUUGGACGCUUGCAGUACCUUGUAUUUUUCGGCUGUUUUACACAACAGAUGUUCAUAAGCAACGAACAGUUUGGCAUUUCGCUGGUGAUUGUUGCCGCUAGCUGCGAUUAUUAUGUGGAUGAGCAUCGCAUGUCCUGGCUAAUGGUCGCCACGUUUGCGGCCCAGGCCUGCAGCAGUCACUUUAUGGGCUACCAGGCGGAUAAAAUUGGACGUCGAAAGCUGAUGCUCAUCGCCUCCAUGUCGUGCAUGACGGCAUCGUUUAUAUCGUCUCUGAUGCCAGAAUUUUGGUCAUUUUUGGUGAUGCGCUUCGUAAUGGGUAUCUUUGUACCAGGUCCUGGCAUGGCAGUGCUAACGUACUUGAGUGAGUUCACCAAGUUCAGUCUGCGCCCGAAGGUGAUCAACUUUCUAUACUAUGCCAUCGGUGUCAGCUUAAUGUAUAUGGCAGCUUGGGCCGUGUUGAUGCUACCGCUAGAUAUACGUGUGAAGGUGCACAAGAACUAUGCGAUUACCAGCUGGCGUAUCCUCAUGUGGCUCCAAUUGGUGCCCGGCAUUGUCUCCUGCAUCAUAUUGUCCUGUACGCCAGAGAGUCCCAAGUACUAUCUGUCGGUCGGGAAGCCGGACAAAGCGUAUGCCGUUCUGGAGAAAUGCUGUCGCUCCAGCAAGGGCAAGGAUGUGACGCUGAAGAGUCUGGGUAUCGACUCGCUAAAGCCCCCAGAAACAGUUGCGUUGGAAACCACGAAGACGGGAUGUGCACGGAUCUGGGAGGAAACAAAACCCAUAUUCACGCCACCCAUUUUGAAGCCAAUGAUGCUCAUUACGUUUACUCUCUUUCUGCUGUUUGGCACGGGCUUUGGUCUAACGGUUUGGAUACCGCGCGCUGUCAAAAUGGGAAAUGACCUUCACAAGGAUUUGAUACUCUGCGAUAUGAUAGACGAGGCGCACCGUGCGAACAUCACCUUUACCGAGUCAGCAUGUCAUUUGAGCAUGAGAACCUUGGAGGCAUCUCUUUACCUUGGCACUUGCGCUAUACUCUUCUCAGUACUGAUUACAUUGCUGUUCAUUUGGACUCAUCGGCAGGUCAUUCUGUUGUUGUUCGCGUCGUUCAGCGUUGCGGGUGGCCUCAUGCUCAAUUUUGUCAAGCUACACGAGUUGGUCAUCAUAGGCCUUGUGCUCCUAACGGUGCCCGCUUUGUGUAGCAUAAGAUUGUCUCUGUCGGUGCUCAUUGAUGCAAUACCAACACACUUAAGAAGCAAGGCUGUAUCCCUGUCCACGAUGUUUGGCCGCGUGGGAGUCCUGGUUGCCAGCAUGUAUGUGGGAUAUACGUUGAGCUGGAACUGCUUUGUUACAUUCAAUAUGUUCGUAUUGUGUAUGACAGCUGUGAUUCUGCUCGUUAGCUUUCUGCCCUUUGACGGAAAGACUGGCUCUCGCACAGUGCUAUGAUGCAACUGUUUUGAAAGUAAUCGAAAUAUAUAUA